AUGGCCGACAGAGAACUGCUCGGCCGUCAAGGGUAUACACCCUCAACGACAGAACCUCUUGCCGAGGAUAAGGCCUUGAUUGUCUGUCUGACACACAACUUUGUGCCCGGGAUCGUGCUCCUCUACGACCGGCUUGGGAUGGUCAAGGAUGUCUUGAGGUUCAAAGCUUUGGGUGAAAUCGAUAGACAAAAGAGCUGGUCUCCCAUCAAAGUUAUCAAAAUUCUCUCUAAACCUACACCCUCAACGACCAAAAGUGUUUCUCUCGGUCGUUGA